GAUUUUACAAGAUGCUAGAAAAUACGAGAGAAAGAAAGGAAGGUAGGGAGGGAGGGAGGGAGAAAGAGUGAUGUCGUGGGCCACGUCAGCAUUCCGGUGGCUGGACUUGGAGUGCUUCGUCUCGGUCGGCAGGUCGUCGGUUUCGAGGUGGCCGGGAUUAUUCUCCUCGUACCUCACGCCGAGGUGGGGUUUGGUCGUGACGAGGAGGUGGUCGUGGCGGGAUCUGAGCUUGUCGUGGAUCGUGGACGACGUCAUGUGGGGGAUGGUAACGGCGUUCGAGUCCGUCGCCUUGGUCUCCAUGCUUUGCUUCUUCUUCGUCUUCUGCGGUUGCACUGUCUAGAAUUUCCCCCCUUUCGAAGCUGGAUUCCAACGUAGCGGCGGAGAUAUCGAAGCUGCGAUGAGCUUAUAGUUCUUAGAAGAGAGAGAGAGAGAGAGAGAGAGAGAGGGGUAGCUGAGCACGUGACAGCGAGGCAGGCACGUGAAUCAGGAUGAGAUUUUUUGUCUUUCGUUUUAUUUUUAGGAGGGGUAUUUUGGUCAGUUUGGGGCAAAAAAUAAUGCAACUCUUCGGUGGGGAAUCUCAAAUCUGGCAUAGGGCUCGAACUCGAAGGAUAUAUCUUUAAAUAUAUUUGCAGUUUUUCUUUUUUAUAAUGUAAUAUCUUUGUUAUUUUGACUCUCUUUUACCUUUGUGAUU